CAAAUUCCUAUUCACAAAUUACAAAUAUUAACAACUCAAUUUUUCUACCCUUCGCCGGAAAAUUCAAAAUUCAGCUCAAAAUUAUGGAGGUACAUAAACGGAAAUAUAUACACGACGGAGAGAUCGAAGCAAAAAAGCAAAUUAAAACGGAGAAAAACGAUGGAACGGCGGCAUCGGUGACGGCGGCGGUGGAGGACGAAGAAGUGGAGGAGUUCUACGCUAUACUGCGGAGAAUACGUGUGGCGGUGAAGUAUUUCGAGAAGGGAAACGCCGAGGGCGGUGGUGCCGGGAGAAAUCUGACGGCGGCGAAGCCGUGGAGUCCGAAUUUCCGGCAGGAGGAUUUUAAACGGGCUGUUGACGGCGUUAAAGAGAGAGAAAGCGUGGAAGAUAAUGCGGGUUUGGAUCUUAACACUGACCCGGUUACUGAUCCGAAUUCAGAAGCCAAUUAAUUUAAUUUUUUUUUGGCUUAACUAUUAGGGGAUUUCCAGAUAACUUAUAAAAUUAUAAUAAUUUGAUAAUAUGUUUUUUAUUUCAUUUUUAUUGGAUCGAAUUAUUUUUAUUUAUUUUUUAUGGUUAAUUAUUAGGAGUAUUUUGAGUCUUAAUA